AUGGGAAGCUGUUCAAGUGGUCCUUCUAAGGAGACUGAAAUUGACUUAUUUUUACAAAAGCAUCAUAAGCUUGGGCAGGUACAUACAGACAAGAAUGCCUAUGAGGUAUCAAAGCAGUAAUUUGAUCCUAAGUUAGCUAAUAUGGUACUGCAACAAUUAGGUGAUCAAUAUCUGAUUAAUGAUGAGAUUGAGAAAAGAUCAAAACUAAGAUAAGGAAUGGGAGACUUCUAAGAGGAUUUAAUUUUGCUAAGUGCUUCUACAGCAAAUAUGCCCACUUCUCAUUCGAAUAAUGCAUAUGGAUCUGAAUAGUCUAGAUUAGGCUAACCAAAAGGCACCCUUACAUGCACUGUGGUUCAAGAAGAUGCAGAACUAAAUCUAUAAGGAGAAUAUGGAACUGGUGGUAGGCCAUUUAUUCACAAAGUGCCAAACCCAUAUCUUGAGGUAGAUCUAAUAGAUCCUUCUGAUCCAAUUUUAUUCCAAGGCGAACUAUAGAAAUUCAAGCCAGGAUUUAAUGGAGUCUUUAUUGAUAGAUGGGUUUAAGUCACGAGAAAAGCUCUUAGAUACUUUGCAAAUAAGCCUGGUUCCUAGUUAGCUGCAGGUAAACCUCUCAUGGCAUUUCCAAUCAUAGCUAUAAAGAACAUUGAAAAGAUAGACUUAGAUAUAAAAUUGAAGAAAACAGAUAAGAAAGGGCAAGAGCUGCAGAAGAAUAUGUUUGAGAUUUAUUUGAAAGAUGAUUUCUUGGAUAUUUUCCUUAGAUCAGAUUAUGAAUAGCUCUUCGCUCCAGACACCAAGCGAAGAAAUCACAUAUUGUAAUAGAUUGAAAGAGAAUCAAAGAACUACUCUUCUCCUGGAAAGAAAAAUUUAAAGGAACUUUAUCAAUCUGAGAUGGAAAAUAAACCAGAGGAGCCACUUAAGUAGGCGGCUAUGUCGACCUUGAACACUCACUCUGGUGCCUGGUCAAAUAGAUAAGGCAUGUGGCCACUAAGUGAUAGAAAAAUGAUAUUCGCUUGCAAAAAGGAGAUAGUUACAAAAUAAUGGCUUGAUAAUUUGAUUGCAGUGGCAAAUGAUGUCAAUAGACCUGUAGAAGAGUAGUAGCAGAUAUUAAAUGAGAUCGAAAAUGAUGUAGAAGAUGUAGAUAAUGGACCAGUUAAUGGCACUAUCAAUAAUAACUCAAUGUCUUUAGAGAACUCUCCUAACAGAUUCUCUUGA